AUCUUCAGUGUGGGCACCCAGCUGUGAUAGCUUGCGGCUUCACAGCCGGGCGCCCACUGUGCAUGCGUGAGUAGCGCUGCGCUUCAUGAAUGGUCCUGUAGUCUUCUGGGACCUGUCAUGUGUCCCAAAAGACUACAGGGAGGGAGGACACCUUCCGUUCCCGAUUGCCUAGGCCAGUGGCGAUCGAACCGGAAGUGGGAACCUGUCAAAUUUGGGUACCUGCCCCCCCCACCCCCCAGAGGUGCCAAUCCUUAAUGGGGAGCAGUCCUUAAAGCGGAACUUCCCCUUGUGGGUGGAGCUCUGC